AUGCGGCACGGCUCAAGAUCGGGCACGUUUUCGGCGUCAUGGAACGUGUGGAUCAUGGUCACGAUCGCUGUCAUCCUGGUCUUCUUCGGCGCGUGGGCCAUCUUCUCCCCCACUAAUAACGCAGCCGUGGAGGCAUUGGCGGAGGAGGAGGUGGAGGACGUUGUUGGGGAGUCGGAGCAGAGGUUAGAAGCUGACGUGAAAGUGGCAGCGGCGAUUCAGAGGGCGAAAAAUCAAGCCAAGGCCAAGGACGUGGCAGUAGAGGCAGAGGCUAGCAGCGGGCUGGCAGAAGAGACGGGUGCUGAAGCCGCAGGGGAGGAGGACGAACAGGGGUUCUUCUCUGCUGUGGAAGCAGCGUGGGACUUGGAGGAUGCAGCAGCAGACCUGCGCACAGAGAGCACGAGCUCAGAGUCUCCCCUCUCCCUUUCCCUUACCAUAACCUCUCCUCCAACCUCUCUGUCUACCUUUUUCCAACCUCUCCUCUCUCUUAUCCCAACGUUCCGCCCUCCCUCCCCUCCCCCCUCCCCUUCCUCUCUCCCCCUGCUUCAGUUCUUCUCUGCUGACCUGGCAGCGGUGGAAGCAGCAUGGGACUCGGAGGACGCAGCAGCAGCAGACCCGAACGUGCCAGCAGCAGACCUGCGCACAGAGAGCACGAGCUCGGAGGCAGGCAGUGGGCUUGAGACGCAGGCCAGGGAGUCAGAGGAGGAAGCGAAACUGGACAUUCGAGAGGCUGCCACGAAGAAACAGGACAGCAAGCAGACGGAGGACGACUUUGGGGAGGUGGAGGGGGGAGCAACGAUUAUCCAGAGCAGCCCAGAGAGUAAAAAGCCGCCGCUGAUGGCAGGGCCGGUGGGGCAGGGCACAGGGGAGGAGGGGGGCGGCGCCCUGCCCUCAAUCGACCUCGAGAACACCAAGUUCCGCUGGCCGUCGUGCGGUGGUAACCGCACGGACUGGGUGCCGUGUCUGGACAAUGAGAAGGCGAUCAGGGCGCUGAGGACGAACAAGCACUAUGAGCACCGGGAGAGGCACUGCCCAUUGCCAGGGGAGAUGGAGAAGUGUUUGGUGCCGCUGCCCAAGGGGUACAAGGCACAUGUGCCGUGGCCCGAAAGCAGAGACCAGGUGUGGUACAACAACGUGCCGCACCCAGGCCUGGCGAGCUACAAGAAGGAUCAGAACUGGGUGGCCAUGGAGGGAGACAAGCUCGUGUUUCCGGGGGGCGGCACACAGUUUACCCACGGAGCCACAGGGUACAUCAACUUCGUCCAGAAGGCCUUCCCAGAUGUGGCGUGGGGCAGGCGAGUGCGAGUGAUGCUGGACAUGGGCUGUGGUGUGGCGAGCCUAUCAGCAUACCUGGAGGCGUUUGACGUGCGGGUCAUGUCCAUGGCGCCCAAGGACGAGCACGAGGCACAGAUUCAACUGGCUCUGGAGCGGGGAGUGCUUGCGGUGGUGGGGGUGAUGGGCACUCAGCGGCUGCCCUUCUCCUCCAACUCGUUUGACGCUGUGCACUGUGCCCGCUGCCGCGUGCCAUGGCACAUUGAUGGUGGCAUGCUGCUAUUGGAGCUGAACCGUGUGCUGCGACCAGGGGGCUUCUUCAUCUGGUCGGCAACACCUGUGUACCGCCACAAGGGGGAUGACGAGGAGAUUUGGAGCGGUGAGUAUGGGUGCAUGGCGUGGUAA